UUUGUAGCUGUUAACGCUCGUCAGCAUUACUAGAUGGUCUAUAAUAAAUUAUAUAAAAGAUCGUCGUAUCUAGAUAUUAUUUUUCUUAGAAAAAAAAAUAUGUUGUAAUGAACUUAAAAUAGAUUGCAACGUAAAAUUAAACGAUUCCUUGAGGCCGUCAAUGUCUGUGUGACAGUGUCAAUCAACCGUAACUGGUAGUCUGACACCUUGUCAUCUGUUCACCUCCAAACAGAAAAUCGAGGCAGUGUUCAUUUUAAUGCGAGAAAUAUAGUUUUAUAUCACAUAAAAAGAAUUGUGACACAACGCCACUCAAACUUUCCACCUAGGCAAAAUGCAAACACUUUAUUUUAGAAAAACCAAAUUAAGUAGAGUUUAAAGUUAUAUCUCAAGUGUGAACAAAAUAAUAAUAAUGUUAGUCAGAAAAGAUUUUUGGUCUUUAAUAUGCCGAGGACGCAAGAAAAGAAUUGUAACACUUGUGAUUGUAUUCUUAUUCUUAUUAAAUGCCAUGUUUUAUGUUAGUAUAGAACUAUACAAUUCAGUAAGUAAGAGAAAGAAUAAAGAACCUUGGUAUGACAGUUUACACUUUGAUAAAAACUCUUAUGUGGACGAGAGUGGCAUGAGAGUUAUUGUUGGCCACUAUGUUGGUGGGAGUAAAGGGGGGAAUUUGUCUGAUGAGGUCAUCAAUAGCAACAAUUACGCGCCUGUUCCUGGUGCAGGUGAGGGCGGCCGGCCCGUCCAACUGUCUCCUAGAGAGCUGAUCACAGCCCACGAGCUAUACUCCCUCCACUCUUACAAUAUACUUGUCAGUGAUAAGAUAGCUAUCAAUAGAAGUCUGCCGGAUAUGCGCGGUGAGAGUUGCAAAAACGUUGUAUUCGAUCUGGAAAAGUUGCCGACAGCCACCGUGAUAAUAGUGUUCCACAAUGAGGCGUGGUCGACUCUAAUGCGGACAGUUAUGUCCGUUAUAAAUAGGUCAGACGAGAGAUUAUUAGACCAGAUAAUACUCGUAGAUGAUGCCAGCGAACGGAGAUAUCUUAAGGAGGAGUUGGACGAAGCGAUCGCGAAGUUAGAUAGAGUACAAAUAUUAAGGAAUCCGACUAGAACUGGUUUGGUCGGCGCUCGGCUGAUGGGAGCCAAGCGGGCUACUGGCGAUGUUCUUGUGUUUCUAGAUGCUCAUUGUGAGGUCACCAUUGGCUGGCUAGAACCUUUACUGGACAGGGCUGGUAGUGAAGACGUUUUUAUUUGUCCGCAUAUAGAUCUUCUAUCUGAAGACACAUUGGCAUACACAAAAAGUAUUGACGCUCAUUGGGGCGCGUUCAGUUGGCGCCUACAUUUCCGGUGGUUAAUACCGAGCAGUUCAGUUAUCAAAAAGAAGUUGGAAAAUCCUGCAAAACCGUACCCCACGCCGGCUAUGGCGGGUGGACUCUUUGCUGUCAAAAAGAGCCUGUUCUGGAAGUUAGGCGGUUACGACAAAGGUAUGAUCAUAUGGGGCGCUGAAAACUUAGAGCUAUCGUGGCGUGCCUGGCAGUGCGGGGCGAGGGUCGAAAUCACAUCGUGCUCCCGAGUCGGCCACAUCUUCAGAAGACACAGCCCAUACAAAUACCCCGGCGGUGUAGCGAAAGUUUUGAAUUCCAAUUUGGCGCGUGCCGCGUCGGUAUGGAUGGACCAAUGGGCAGACUUCUUUUACAAGUUCAAUCCAUCAGUAGCUGAAAUACGAGAUAAGCAGGAAAUUGGGGAUAGGGUAGAUUUGAGAAGUCAGUUAAAUUGCAAAAGCUUUAAUUGGUACCUGAAGAAUGUGUGGCCACAGCACUUUUUCCCGACUGCAGAUAGGUGGUUCGGCAGAAUAAAGAAUGGCAAAACUAAUUGUAUAGGAGUUACCCCAGGAACGCCCGGGCUCGGGGGACCGGCGGCUACUGUCAGCUGCGGGGGAGAUCUCGACUUAGAUAGUUUGCUAGUGUUCACGCCAGAGGGCCAGUUGAUGGCGGACGAAGGUCUCUGCUUGGAGCAAGGCAACGGCCGCGCGGUCUGGAAGAGCUGCAGUGACAGCAGCAAGCAAAUAUGGAUACAAAAAGGACCGAGACUAAGAACUUCCGACGGACUUUGUCUCACUUUGAUCGACGUUGAUGAAAGUAAAAGCGAAGUGACGGUUGGGUACCCCCUGACGGCUAUGAAGUGCACACUAGACACAAAACAAAUUUGGCAUUUUGAACGCGUGCCUUGGCGCUAAUUUAUUGUGAUAGAAUAGAUAGUACAAAUGAAUAGAAACACACGUACAUAAGAUGUUGGAUUAAUAGCUAAUUUUUACUAAUGAGAUUUUAAGUACUUAAUAUUGUUUGAGUCUGAUACUAAAUCUUGUUAUAGGUAGAAUGUUGUAUAGGGCAAGCAUUUAGUAAUAUUUUGCACUGUGAUUUUGUAAUGAUAUUAUAUUUGCCAGGAAAUAACUAGUUUGUAGGUGCAAGACCAUAAGUUGUGAUUUUUAACAUUUUAAUGUAAUUAAAAUAUUUUUGUAAUAGUUUACAAAGUUUGCAUAUUUUAGGUUAUUAAUAGAUUUAUUGUUAGUACAAAAUGGCGGACCGACCUCGUCAAAUUGACAUUCCAAUGCUUUGAGCUUACUGUUGCCUUUCCAUAUUAUUAUUACAUUAGCAUAAGUUAGUGUUAUUGUAGAUUUAAUUUCACAGUUUUCCACUAUUAACUUUAAAUUUAUACUGUUAAUUAUCUAUGUUAAUUAUGUUUCUUUUCCUAUCCUGCCAGGAACCGACCAUAGACUGAAAUUGCUUAAACCAGCGACAAUCUCUAAAAUCUCUUAAGUGUAUAUGUUGUAUACGUCAUUGUUAUUAGUAUUUUAGGUUUAUUAUUCACACGCUAAUUGCAUUUAUACUUUUAAUUCUUCUAGUCUCAUGAAAUUCACAGACAGCUGUUUUUUUCGCACAAUAAUUCCAUACAAAUAUGAACUGUAUUAUUUGAAUAAUCAGUCUUUAAAAAAAUUUUUUACUAACAUCCAGAUAAUUAAUUUUAAUUAAAGAAAUUGUGUUCAUUUUCGAAUAAAACAUUUACAGAGAAUGCUUUUGAGCAUUUAGGUCUUAAAUUUUAAUGUUACAACAUCUUUUAGUACUUAAAUAAUAGAAUGAUCACAAUUAAAAAAAUACACUUCGUUACAGAUUUUUUUUUUGGGGACUUGCGUACUCCAACGUUUAUCGCAAGCCCACCUAUCUACUCAUAUUGUGCAAAUUUACGUGGCAGUUGCACUACUUAAUAAUAAUUCACCUGCCUGUUACAUUGCAUAAUUUCUACACGGUGCUUUUAUAUUGUAACUAAUUUUAAAUGUUUUACUAAACGUUAUGAUGUCGUCCAUUUUAAAUGAGUGGGAUACUCAGUAAAAAACACUGUUUUAAUUUUAUAUGUUUAUUAACAAAAUUAAAAAAUUGGUAAUACAUUAUUA